GUUAAGUUGUGUCAGCAAUUGAAAUACCAGAAGAAGAAGAAUCAGAAACUCACGUGUGGACUGAAUAGAGAUGGGCAUGGAGAGAUGCUAAAAGGUUUCAUUAAGUGUACAUCAGCAAUAGUUAUUUAACCAGUGAGUUUCAUCAUGUCUUUUUUCUUAAAGAACAAAGGUAACGUGAAGGUUUCCAAAUCAAAGGAAAAACUACACGGCACUGGACGGAAGAGCGAUGGUGAUGGUGACAAACGAAACAAAUCCAAACUUAGUAAACGACUUAAUGAAGAAAUCUCCAGUGAAUCCGAGACAGAAAGUGACCCAGUUGGAAAGAAACAACGGGGAGAUGAUGAGGUAGAGAUCGAAGAGACUGCCCAGGAGAAGAAACUACGCUUAGCUAAAGGGUACCUUGACCAACUAAGAGAAGAGGAUGAGAAGCGAGAAGAGGAUGAUGCCUUUGAGUCAGACCUGGUUGCAGGAAGACUACAGGAAGAUGUGCUGGAACAGAGAGGGAAGCUACAACGACUUAUUGCAAAUGAUCUGGUGCCCCCAGAGGCUUCAGAGAUCCGCCUGCUGAGAGGCCACAAGCUCCCAGUCAUCUGUCUGGUCAUCACCCCCGACGACAAGCAGAUCUUCUCUGCAGCAAAAGACUGUUCCAUCAUCAAAUGGGAUGUGGAGAGUGGGAAGAAACUUCACAAAAUUGCAGGAGGCAGAAAGGGAACUGAGGACAGGCAUGUAGGACACACAGCCCAUGUUCUGUGCAUGGCCAUCUCGUCCGAUGGCAAAUACCUGGCUACGGGAGACAUGAAUAAGUUGAUAAUGAUUUGGGAGGCAGCCACGUGUAAGCAUGUGUACAAGUUCACUGGUCACAGAGGUCCAGUGUCUGGGCUGGCGUUCAGGAGAGGUACUCACGACCUGUACAGCGCCUCACACGAUCGCUCAAUCAAAGUGUGGAACGUGGAUGAGAACGCCUAUGUGGAAACUUUGUUUGGGCACCAGGACGUGAUCACGGGUCUAGACUGUCUGAGUCGUGAGCGCUGUGUGACAGCAGGGGGCCGUGACAGAACAGUACGCGUCUGGAAGAUAGCAGAGGAGUCCCAACUGGUGUUCCACGGACAUGAGAGCUCCAUAGACUGCAUCCAGCUUAUUAAUGAGGAGCACAUGGUAACAGGCGGCGACGAUGGCUCUGUGUCCAUCUGGUCGGUCAACAGAAAGAAGCCGCUGACCACUGUGAAGCGGGCCCACGGCAUGCGCGGGGACCCCGGGCUGGAGCAGCCCUGCUGGGUGUCUUCGGUGGCCGCCCUGCUCAACUCGGACACGGUCGCCUCAGGUGCCUCAGGUUCCCAUAAUUCCAACGUGCAGUUGUGGAAAUGUGGCCAAGGCUUCCGAGGUCUGGAGCCGCUCUUCAACAUCCCAAUGGCUGGAUUUGUGAACAGCUUAAAAUUUGCAAAUUCUGGAAAGUUCCUUGUGGCAGGAGUGGGGCAGGAACACAGGCUUGGCCGAUGGUGGAGAGUAAAGGAAGCUAAGAAUGGAUUGUAUAUUAUACCUUUGAAGAGGAAAGAUCCAGAAUUAAUAACAGCUCCAGAAAUGGAAACCGAGCAGGAGGAACGUUGAGGACCAGUGCUGUGAACGUGUUUGUGUAUGUUUGUAUGAAUGGAGAACUCAUUCUAGAGAGCUUUAUUUGUUUAUUAAUUUGUUCACAUUUGCAUUUGUAAAUUACAUACAGUAUGGAAUGCUUAGAAUUAAAUUUUUAUGUUAAUCAUGG